UAUACAUACACACCCAUUCUCUCUCUCUCUCCAUCCCCAAAAUUUGGUAUAUAUAUCGCCCUCUUCUCUUUGUGAAUCCCUCUUCAUCUUCUUCAUUCAAUUCACAUGUAUUGCAGAAUUGGAUAGGAUGAGCAAUAUACCUAAAUCCUUAACAGAUUCUUCUUUAACCCGUUUCAUACUCGCCAUAUCGGCUUCAGAUCCUUGGCCCUUUUCUGCUGUGUUCUUGUAAUAUUUCUUCUUGAUUUGUAUAUACACAAAAAUAAGGGUUCUCUUUUAAUUUAUUUUCUGUUGUUUGAUAUGGGUAGUGGAGAGAAAAGUAGUCAUCAUCUGAAUUUUCAUCUACACAUGCCGCACAUCCACUUUCACCACCACGGGCACGGCCACGGCGGUGGAAAGAAGGAACUGAGGAACGUACCAAAAGGGUGCCUAGCAAUCACGGUGGGGCAAGGGGCGGAGCAACAGAGGUUUAUUAUUCCGGUGAUAUACAUUAACCACCCACUUUUCAUGCAGUUGCUUAAGGCAGCGGAGGAGGAAUAUGGAUUUGAUCAGAAAGGUCCGAUUAAUAUUCCGUGUCAUGUGGAGGAAUUCCGCCAUGUUCACGCCAAAAUUGAUGAGGAAAACUCCCACCAGCAGCACCAGAACCACCAUUACCACCAUCACCGCCACCAUCAGUUCUUGUGCUUCGGGGCUUGAAAAUUGAAAUCUCUAGAGGGUUAACGUAAUUUGAUAAGAUGAUUCGAUCCUGAAAUGUAAAUCCGUAGUAUUUACUAUAUUAUGAAAUUUUUGUAAUCCUAUUUUGGAUUUUAAAUAAAUUCGAAGGAUUAAUAAACCUUGAUAUUCUUGUUAU